AUGAAUACUGAAGGUAGAACAGCAAUUAUUAAACAAGCAUCAAUUAAACAAAUACAGACACAUUUAUUCGCAUUAACUAAUUCACAAGAAGUCAACGUAUUAAAUACACAAAUAACAACAAUAAUUCAACAAGUUAUAGAUCAUAUAAAUAGCACGAAUAUUAGUACUAAUGAUACAAUUGAAACUAUUUUGGAUAAACAAAAGCAAUUACAACUUGCCUAUAGCAUCAAACUAAAAGAUGAUGAAACACAAAAAAGCUUAACAAACACUUCAGUAUUUGAACAUCCAUUUAUAGAUAAUACAAUAUAUACAGGUACAGAAAAUGAAAUUAAAAUAGCAAAACAUAUAACAUUUCAACGUUUUCAAAGUCAACAAUUAUCAUAUUUUGCAUUACAAUCAUUAUUAUCAGUACUACUUGUAUUAAUUAAAUCUGUACAUAAAACAGAUUCUACUAUUAUUUAUCAAAUAUUAACAUUGACAAAACAAUUUAUACAACAAAUACCAGCAAGAUAUUUAUCUUCAGAUACAUUUAAACAAUCAAGUCUAUUUACAUCAUUAAAACCAUUAUCUAAUUAUAUACAAGAGUUAGCUGUACAAACCGAAGAUUUAACAGCGAAAAAACAAGCUAUUGAAAUAUUAUUGAGCUUUGCUGUAGCCAAAGUAUCGUUUAUAGAAUUAUUACCAUUAAUAACAAAAUUAGUAUUAGAUAGAGAUAACAUAAAUAUUUAUGAUGUUCGUGGUUUAUUUUUACAAUUAAAUGAAUGGACAUUAUCAACUGUAGAUGAAGUUGACUUAAAGAAACAAUUAAAUGAAGAUAAAGAAAAAGCACAUGAAACAUCAAUAAAUACUACAUAUUUUGUUACAAAUCCAUUAGGAUACCUACAUCAAAUGAAUGUACUAUCAAAUACAACUUUAAUGUUAUUGGAUGAUAAUAAAUUUAGUGGAAUAUUUGUAACAUCAGUAUUAUUAGCACACAUAGAUUAUCAUAAUGAAAUUAAUUCUGCAUGUGCAUUUAACACUGGUUCACUUACUAAUUCAUUUUCAUUUUCAUUUCAUGCAGAUACGUUCAAACUAUUGUUCACUAUUAUAGAAAACUUGAGUUUUGUACAAUUAUCAGAUUAUACAGCGUACAUAUUAAUUGCUUGUUUACGAUUAUUUACCACACAUUUAAAAUUUUUAAUUAAAUCUGAUCUUAAUACUACUGAAUUUGUUACAAAUACAGAAUUAGAACAAUGGAAAGAAUUAAUGUUACAAUUAGCUACAAAUUAUGAAAUGAAAAUAAUUGAUAAUCAUAAUAAGAUUUUAUUUGAACAAAUACGUACAACUAUAAGUAAAGAAGCAUCCAAAUCAUUUAUUUAUUUAUUAGAAAAAUUAACACCAAAAUUAAUUGAUAAACUUCAAUUUAUUUAUCAAUAUAUAAUAGAUAAUAAAUAUCCAAUAUUAAUUCAACAAUUAUUAAUAAAUCUACAUAAUAAUGUAACAUUAAAAACAUGGAUUGAAUUACUAUCUUAUGGUAAAUUAAAACAAGAAAUGAACAAUGAAGAAGAAAUAGAUGAAUUAUUGAUUAAACAAACUCAACAAAGUUCAUUAACAUUAUUAUAUUCAUAUAUGGAUAUUUGUUUACAGUCAAACUAUAUAGUACAACAAAAACAAUUAAAUAAUGAAAUAAUUAUAUUGCAACAAGUAUUUCUAUUAUUUCAAGAAUUAUUAUUCAUUGCAUUAAAUAAUGAAUUAUCUAUCAUAUCUAAUGAUAAUGAUUAUAUAAUUGAUAUUCAUUCAUUUACAGUCACCUCAUUCACUAUAUGUUAUAUUACACGAAUAUUAAAUGCUAGUAUAAAUACAACAAUUGUUAGUGAUUUAUUUCAAUCUAUAUUAAUUGGUUUAUGUUUAUUAACACAAGAAAAAUUUAAUUUUAUAGCUAUUCAAUCAAUAUUUACAGCUAUUUUACCAUUAUUAACAGAAUAUUUAUUAAAUAAUAUCACGAUAAAUACAAAUUUUUAUUUAAUUAUUUGGUUAUUAGGUAAAAUUAGUAAUAUUAUGUUAAAUGGUAGAAAACAACAUAUAUUGGAAAAGAAACAUUUUAAUACAUUAAAUUUACCUUUAUUUGCUGGAGGACAUGAAAUAACAAUAGAAAAUAAUGAAUAUAUAUUACAAUCGAAUUUAGUUAAUUAUUUAAACUUUAAUUUAUCUACUCUACAAAAAACAAGUAAAACUAAUUUGGACUUUUUAAUGUCGAUUUAUAAUAAUAUUGAUGAUGGUGCAAAAUUAUUAUUAAGAUUAAAAAAAUUUAUUAUAGAUAAACAACGUCUACAAAAAUCUAUUGAAAUACAAUCAAAUGAAGCUGUUGCUGCAUUAUUUGCUGUUUAUAUUAAACAUUAUCGACGAAUAGAACUUGCUAAAAAUGAAUGUCAAAUAGAUUUAGAAAUUAAACCUCAUAGUAAAUUAAUUUCACUUUAUCAAUAUGCAAAUUAUAUUCAAACAUUAUUUGCUCUAACAAAAGCUCAAGGUGGUGAUUGUAAUGAAUUAUAUACACAAAUUAAAAAAAAUACAUUAUUUUUAUUAGUAUCCAUUAAAGAAAGUAAUUUUAUUCCAUUAAUUAAUGAUACAAGUUUUAUAAUAUCAAAUUUAAAACGGCAAAAAUCAUUAUUAGAUAGUCCUGAUUUAGAAUUAACACCAACUAUUCCAAUAAUUAGUUUAACACCUAAAAAUCUAUAUAAAAGACAAAAUUCUAGAUGGACAAAAGCUAAAUAUGUAUUACGAUUGCUUCGUAAUACAAUGAAAGUAAUUAUUCGAUUAAAAAAAUUAAUGUUAGCACGUAAACAAGCAAUAGAACAAAAACAAGAUAAUGAAAGUAUAUUACGUAGAAAUAUUAAUACAUUUGUAUAUGAAUAUAAAUCUAUAUCAAUAAUCGAAAAAAAUUUACAAACAGAAGAAAUAAUUAAAUGUAUAGAAAUACAAUAUGAACGAGCCAUUACAAGAUUAAUUACAUAUAGAUUUAUUCAAACAUUUAUAAAUAAAUUAUUAAAAAUUGAAGAUGAAAGAAUUUAUAUUAUUCUAGCCUUUUAUUUACCACAUUUAAGAAAUAUGAAUUUAGAUUGGCAUUAUUUAGAAAAUAUUCAAAGUUCAAAUAUAAUAUUAAAACAACAAAUUGAAGAUGUAUAUUAUUCAAUUAUUAAAACAAUUGCACGAUCUUUAUCAUUAAUAAUACCAUCAGUAUUAAUCGUAUCUAGAAUAUUAAUAUUAAAUUUAUUUAGUUUACUUAACUUAUCAUAUAGACAUGCCGAUCUAUUUCAUAUAUAUAAUUCUCAAUUAACUAAAUAUUUAUUUACUUUUUUCAGUUAUAUGAAGCAAAAUAAAUUUGACUGGAAUAUUAAAUUUUCGGCAUUCAAUUGGUUUAGAAUAUUAGUAUUACAAUUAUCAGAUAUUAUUGAAAUGGAAGAAAAAAAUAAUGCUGUUGUUAUUCAAGUAUUACAACGAUUACACGAACAUAUAUUUCAUAAGUUGAUUUUAAACGAAUUACAAGGAUUAAGACAAUUAAAGCAAACGGCUUUAGAUACAGAUACAAAUAGUAAUAUGUAUGAAAAUACUCAUUUACAUAAUACUGGAAUAGGUUGGUUUAUGGUUACAAAAUCCACAUCAUCUAUUGAAAAUACAACAAUGACAAAUAAAUCAAAACUAGAAAUUGAAAUAUAUACAAAUCAAUUGUUAGUCUUAUUGCUUAGAUGUGUACAUUUAUAUUCACAUGUUCAAUAUAGUUGUUCAACAAUUGAUUAUAUUCAAGAAUUACUUUUCAUUUAUAGUAAUAGCAUUAAUAAUACUAGUAUUAUACUUUCAUUAAAACUUUUACGUGAAUUAUUAUUAUUAUUACCUAGAACUGAUCAAUUAAUAUUUAGAUUAAAACCAAAUGAAAUAGUAAAUAAUAAACAAUUAUUACAAACAUUUUUAUUUACUAUUGGUGAUAGUUGUGUAAAAACAUUUGAUAAUAAUAUUGAAAUUAAUUCAACAACAGUAACUGAAUUAAUUUAUAUAUAUAGAACAUUAAUGUCUAUACGUUCAUCAUGGCAAACAUUAGCAAUACAAUUAAUUAUAGAUGCUAUUAAAACAAGUAUAACAUUAAUUAAAACAAUUAAAACAAUAGAAAUUAGUGAAUUAAAUUAUUUUUUAGCAUCAUUAUGUAUACUAGGUGGUUAUAUUCAACCAUAUUGUGAAGGAUGUAUAGUAGACGUAUAUGAAGAUAUUAAUAGUAAUGAAUAUGAAUCGGCAAUUAUCAUAAACAUUGAUAGUAAUGCUCGAGAUUUAGGUACAGUUGAUACAUUACCAUAUUAUAUACAAUAUGAAACAACAAAUAAACUCAAAUGGAUUAAUGCAGAUAAAUUACGUAUACGAGUAUGUGUUCCAGUGCCGAAUUUAUUACCUACAUCAACAGUUUUAGCUGAUACAGAUAUAACUAUGUUUGAAACAGCCUAUAAAGUUGCAGAAAUAAAUGCACAUUUAAUAAUAGACACAUUAUAUUUACUUAUACACAAAUAUACAAUUACAAAUGAUAAUUUAAUAUUAUUACAAAUUCAACGUCGUUCUAUUGCAGCAUUAUCACAUAUAUUGAAUGACAAAAGACUUGUACAAAUAUUUAUCAAUAAACAAUAUGCACCUGUUGUUGCACAAUUAGCUCUAUCAACUAAUACAAGCAAUAAUGUUAUACCUGAUGAUUUACGUAUGACAAAUAAAUUGCAUUGGGAACAAUAUAGUUUGAGUCUAGAUCGAUGUGUUCGAACGAAACAAAUAUUAAAUGAUAUAGAAACAGUUGAAACAAAUGUUAACACAAGUGUAAUUCUGUCUGAAUUACCACAUACUUCACUAUUAACAACAUUUGGUUUUCAAAUUUGGAAUCAAGAUGUAAAUGAUGAAAUGAUUUAUGAUCCACUUGUGUAUGAUAUUGUGUCUACAAAUCCAGAUAAAUAUAAAAAUUGGAAAUCGUAUGCAACAGAAACACAAAUAGAAAUAUUGAAAUGUGGUAGAAUUGGAAAUGAUGAAAUUAAAAUUAUACCAUUUCCUGGUGAAAAUAAUGGAACAAUAUCUGAAUGUGGUAAUAAACAUAAAUUUCAAGGUCAUGUUACUGGUGUUCAACAUUUUGCUACAUAUCUAGUUGAAGAUAUUCAAUUAACUCAAGGUAAAUGGUAUUAUUGUAUUAAAUUGAAUACUGAUAAUCUUAUGCAAGUAGGAUGGAUAACAAAAGGUUUUAAUCCUAAUCCAGAAUAUGGUAAAGGAGUUGGUGAUAAUGAAUAUUCAUGGUCUUAUGAUGGUUCACGUGGCACUCUUUAUCAUAAUAAAGAAGGUUAUUUUGGAGGAGAUAUUCGAUGGAAAAUAGAUGAUGUUUGUGGAUGUGGAAUUGAAAUUAAUGAAGGAAAUACAGUUAUUAAAUAUUGGUUAAAUGGUGACUUUUUGGGUAUAGCAUUUUCACAUAAAUCAAAUACGAGUAUACAAUCUGCAUUUCCAUGUAAUAUGUUACCAAAUGAAAAAUAUACAACAUUUUAUCCUGGAAUAAGUAUCUCUAAUACUGCUAGUUGUGAUUUUAUAUUUAGUCCAGAAGAUAUGGAAAAAUGUCCAUUACCAAAUGGUUAUAAACCGUUACUAUUACCAACACUAAUUCACACAGAAAAUACAUUAGUUCCUUAUCCAUAUAGUACAUAUUUAGUUGGUAAUGAUCCUAUAGAUUAUUUUCAUAUUAUACGUAAACAAUUUGAUUUACCAUAUCGAUUUCUACGUGAUUUCAUAAAUGAACAGCAUAUUCAAACGACAUUUGCAUUAAAAGAUAUAAAUAUGGAACGACAACAAUUAAAAUUACAAAAUAAUGGUAUUUAUUUACCUAUUAAUACAAAUAUUAAUAAUGAAAUAUCAACUGCAUUUACAAUUAGUUUUGAUUUUGAAUUAGAUAUUACAUCUAAAAUAAAUAUUGAUGAAAUAAAUAUUAAAUUAUUAACAUUAGAUACAGAAUCAUAUAUAAUACCGUUACAAUUGAAGAAAUUAAUGGAAAUAAAUAAAUUAAUAUAUGAAAAUAAAAAUAUUUAUCAUAUUGCUAUAAUAUUUGAAUUAGAAUAUCAAGUCAAAAUCUAUGUAAAUAAUGAAUGUAUUAAUAUUACACUUGAUGGUAGUGUAUUUAAUAUUAGUGAAAAAAAUCUAAAUCUAUGUAUAUUACCUGAAUUUGUAGGUGAAAUUAAAAAUAUUGGUAUUUGGAGAUAUGCAUUGUCUGAAAAAUACAUUCGAAGAUUAUUUACUUAUGGUUUAAAUUAUGUUGCAAUUGAUUAUCAAAGAUUACAACAACAUAAAAGACAAGAAAAUACAUUUAUAUUCAAACAAGCUCAAUUUUCACGUGAAUUAUUAUUGUUUACUGAAACAUUUGACACAAAAAUAUGGGAAAAUAAAGUAAAGCAUGUUGACAUAGAUGAAUACAAAUAUUUCAAGACAUUAUCUACAAAUAGUGAAUAUGCCAUACAACUAUUUGGAAAUAAUAGUUAUUUAGUAUUAGAUAAAUCAGUUAUUGAUGAAAAUUCAUAUGAAGAUGGAAAAAAUGAAAGAAAAUUUAUCGAUAAAGCACCAUCUCCAUGGACAGAAUAUACAAUUAUUAUGGAUAUUAAAGUACCAAGUUUACCUACUACUACUGUAGAAACAGAUAAUGAUGAAAAUAAAGAGUCUACAGAAACAAUAACUCAAAUAAGAAAAGAAUCAAUUAGUUCAAUUAAUACAGAUGUGAACUUUCUACAGCUAGAUGACAAUUUUCUAAUUACAGAAUCUAAACCAGUUUCAGAUAUAUUAACGUUAGUCAGAAUAUCAGAACAAUAUGCCAUUUAUGUAACAAAGGAAGGUAAAUUUUCUGUAUCAGGUAUUGAAAGUGAAUCAACAUUAAAAUUAAAUGAAUAUGUACGUGUAGUUAUUUGUAAAAAUCAUAAUAAUAUUCAGAUUUAUGUAAAUGGAAGAUUAGAAUUAAAUGUAGAUGUUGAUAAACAGACAUAUGAAUUAAAUGAACAAUGGAUUUAUUUAUUUAAAGAAACAAAUAUUUCAAAUAGUACUACUGUAGAUAUAGUUCGAAUUGAAUGUAAAUCAAUUACAUUUAAAAAUAAAUCUCUCGAUCAAUUACCAUCAAUAUUAAAAUCAACUGAACAUUCACUAGAUACAUUUGUUGGAUUACCAUUUCCAGUAUUAUCAACGAAUUUAAUUUCAAUAGGUUAUAACAAACGAUGGAUUAAAUCUAUUAUAAAACAAUACAAUACAAGAAAUAUUCAAUUAAUUGAUACAUUGAUACGUCAUCAACAGCAACAAUUAAUAAAUGCAGAUCUCGAUAAGAAACGUAAACAUAAAUUGAAUUUAUUAUGUAGAUUAAGUCCAAAUUUAGAUAAAGAAAAAUUGGAUAAUUUUAUAAGAUUUUCAAAACUUGAUACUGAUGUCGAGAUAGCUGUAGUAUGUCAACAAAUAUUAGAACGUUGGGAUGAAUUACAAAUUGAAAAUAUACCCACAAAAGAACUGUUGGAUAAAACAACUGUAGAUUUAAACGUAUUUAUGGAUGAUAAUGAUGAGGAUAUAGUUACGGAAACAAUAGAAAAACCUACAUGGUAUUCAAAAUGUGUUGAUGAAUUAGGUAUAAAAGACGAUAUAUUUAAAUGGAUACAAGAUAAAGCUCAACAACAAACUAUAAAUAUGAAUACAUAUGUAGAUCCACUUUAUAAACUACUAGAUUUAGAUAAAGUUGAAGAAAAUGACUUAUCAAAUGAAACUGAAUUAAAAAUUCAACGUAUUCAAAAUACACAAAAAUCAAUUCAAUAUUCACAUCAACAAAUUACAUAUAAACAAUACAUAAAUUCACGUAUUUCAUCUGAAAUAGGAUUAACAUCUAUAUAUGCAAGAUAUACAAUAUUGAAUAUGUUAAAAGCUUGGACAAACAAUAAUGAUACACAUGAAAGUUUAUUUCCAUUAAUAGAAUUUGGUGAUAUGAGUUGUAUUAUUAAAUUAAUACGAUUAAUGGAUUAUCAUUAUACAUUUAUAAGUAAUAGUACGGAUGAAACUAUAGAUAGAAUGAAAUUAUUAAUAAAUUCAAUUAUUCAAGUUGAAAUAAAAACGUUACUUAAACUAGAAUCUAAAAUUACACGUAAAAUAUUUCAAACAAUAGCACCAUUAUUAUAUCAAUUACAAAUAGAUAUUAUUAUACAAUGUAUUCAAUUUAUAUUAAAUCCAAAAUUAUUAGAAAUAACUAAUGAGACAAUAGAUGAACAUAAACUCAUUGAACAACCGAAUUUCAUUUUUAUAAUGAAAACAUUAAAAUCAUUUCUUGAAUUAAUUAAAAAUACAAAAAAACAAUAUGUUGAUAUUUUAGUUCAAAUUCUUUUUCCUGAACAAUUAAUUAAUUUAUUAUUUGAUUUAUUUAUAUUAAUUUCAAAUCAUCAACAAAAAUUAUUUAUUUUACAAAUAUUUGGAAUAUUAACUAAAAUGACUAAUAAUUUUAGUUUAAGUAUAAAUGCACAAAAAUUUUUAUUAAAAUUAUUUGAAUUUCUAACAAAUCAAAGUUUAAUUGGUAAUCUUUCAAUUCAUAAUUUACAAUUUGCUGUUUUAGAUUUAUGUUAUAUAUUGAAAGUAAAAGAAAAAGAAAAACAGGAACAUAUUAAAAAAAUAUUAGAUAAUGAAUUUAGUAUAGAUUUAAAUAAUUCAUUGAUAAAUGAAUCAUCCAUGAUAAUAACUAAUGGUUUUACUAAAAUGUUUGAAUCAAAUAGUUUUGGAGAUCGUGCUGGACGUCAAGCAUCAGUAAGAAAUCGUGGUUUUCGAUUAGCUUUUAAUCUUGGACUACUUAUUUUUCAACCACAAUUAGAAGUUACAAUAUAUCCUAAAUAUAUAGAUUGUUUACUCGAUUUAUUUAUAAUUAUGGAUGUAAUAGAAACAUUAAUUGAUAAAACAAAACAAAGAUUAUUUUCCAAAGAAUUUAUUAAACAAUCAAAUUUAUUUGGAAUUGAAUUAUUAAAAGAAGAAAUUGAAGAAUCAAAUAAAUAUUUUAAUAAUGUUGCUGAUAUAGAAUUAAUUAAAUUUAUGAAUAAACAUAUUAAUAUUGAUUGGCAACCAUUACCAAAUUCAAAUAUUAACGAUUUUAUAAAUCGUUUACCAAAUGAAUCAAUAUGUAAUACAAAAUAUAAUACAUAUAUAUCAUUAUGUAAUAUACCUGCAAUUUAUAUACGUACACGUAUAAAAUUAUUGUAUUUAUUUAAUAUAUUGAUCGGAAAAGUUUUAACAAUUCUUGAUCUAAGUUUACCAACAGGUAUUUAUACACUUAUUGAUAAUAUUAGAUUAAUUAAAAUCUAUAUAUUAUAUAAUACUAAAUUAACAUUAUUUAAUGAUGCCCUAGAGAAAACAUGUCAUGCUGAACAAGCACCCACAGUUGAAUUAGAUAUUAUUAAAGCAAGUAGUUGUUCUUCAUAUAAAGAUACAAUAUUUUAUCAAACUUAUAAACAAUUAUAUUCAAAUGCACAUUUAACAUUUCGAAAACCAGAAAAUACACAAGUUUGGAGUGUAUCAUAUAUUGGAAUGCAUAGUCAAGAUGCUGGUGGUCCAUAUAGAGAUUCAAUUACGACUAUGUGUAGAGAAAUAUGUAGUUCUAAAUUAUCAUUAUUUAUAUUAUGUCCAAAUGGACGAACAAAUAGUGGAUUAAAUCGUGAUAGAUGGAUUCCAAAUGUAUUUUCACCACAAAUAAAAAUUCCAAAUAAAUUAAAAUAUCAAUAUAUAUUUAUUGGACAAUUAAUGGGUAUGGCUAUAAGAACGAAAAAUUUAUUAAAUUUACAAUUUCCAUUAUUAUUAUGGAAAUCAUUAGUGUAUGAAUCAAUUACGAUUGAAGAUAUAGAAGCUAUUGAUAUACAAAGUUUUAAAAGUAUAAAUGAAAUGGAAAAAAAUAUGAAACAAAAUAAAAUUAUAAAUGUUAAUAGUGAUAUUGAUAGUGAUAAAAAAUGUACAGAUAAUAUGAGUUUACUAUUUGAUAGUAUUAUGAAUGAAUUAAAAUUUGAUAUUGUCGGUUCAAAUAUGGAAACAUAUGAAUUAAAAUCAAAUGGUUCAAAUAUUCCAAUAACUAUAGCUAAUUAUCAAGAAUAUUGUAUGAGAUAUCGUGAAUAUCGUUUACAUGAAUUUAGUAGACAAAUUAAUUAUAUUCGUCAAGGUUUAUAUAGUAUAAUUUCAUGGGAAAUGUUAACAUUAUUUACUGCAAGUGAACUUGAAGAAGCUGUUUGUGGUAAAGGUAUAAUUGAUGUUGAUUUAUUAAAAAGACAAACUGAAUAUGUACAUCCAGAUGAUAAUCAUAAUACACCAUAUAUACAACGAUUUUGGUCGGUUUUAAAAGAGAAAUUUGAUGAAGAACAAAAGAAGUUAUUUUUGAUUUUUGUUUGGGGAAGAAGUACGUUACCUAAUCGAGAAGAAGAUUUUACACAUAAAUUUGUAAUUCAAAGACUCAAUCCAGAUGGUGAUGUAGACAAAGCACUACCGAGAGCUCAUACUUGUUAUUUUAUUCUUGAUUUACCUACCUAUUCAACUGUUGAAAUAAUGUACGAACGAUUGAAUUACGCUAUUACUAAUUGUUCAAGUAUUGAUGCCGAUGUUGAACUGAAUGAAGCUCAGAAUACGUCAACAAUACUACAAGACCCAGAAGAAGAAGAUGCAGCACUUCUAAAUCAACAAACACAAUCAUCAACAAAUACAAGUGCAUCUUCUUCAACUUUGACUGAAGCGGAAGUAGUAAGCUAA